AUGAAUCAAAUUUCGCAGUUACCGGCGGCAACUAAUAUGGAUCGAAUUUCGCCGGCGGCACCUAAUUUUGAUCGAAUUUCGCAGUUACCGGCGGGAAUGUUAGAGCACAUCUUGUCUUUCCUUCCUUUUGAAGAAGCUGCACGAAUGAGUGGAGUAUCAACGACUUGGAAAAAUGCAUACAAUUCACUCCCCUGUUUAAAUUUUGAGAGGUAUUUUUUAAACAAGCCAAUAGAAAAACUUGUGAAAGCUGUGGAUUCAAUUCUAGCUUAUCGGAAAAAUCAAAAGAUUUUUGUAGAAAAGUUUUCGCUACACAUAAAUCAACAAUGGAGUAGUCUGUUUUCCAAUUGGAUUGAUACACUCGUAGAUUGUAAGAUCAAAGAGUUAAACCUAGUUUUAAGAUCAACCAGAAACGGAUACACGAAAUUGCCUGAGGCAAUUUUUAAUGCCAAAGCACUAAAAGUGUUGAAAUUGAGUGAAUUUCAUAUUAAAUUGCCAUCUAAUAGUACUAUUAUGUUUUCAUCAUCUUUGCGAGAGUUACACCUUCAAUGUGUAUAUUUCGACGAGGAGUUUAUGCAAGCUUUAUGCACAAGUUGUAUCAAUUUAGAGGUUUUCAUGGUGCGGGGCUUGAAAGGGCUUACUAGAUUUCAAACUAGUUUACCUAAAUUGAAAAAGCUACAGGUGACAGCGUAUUAUUCAAAAUUACGAUUUGUUGAUAUUAGAUCACCUAAUAUUGAAGAUCUUGACGUCUAUGGCUCCAACCUCAGCUCCGACUACUUUAAGAAUGAGAGUGAUCUAAAUGUAGUUAUUAUUACUAAUUGUUGCAAAGCCCUUAAGAGUUUGCAGCUCAAUGGCCUCAAUGGUGUGGCCAUGACCCAAAAAUGGUUUGACGAAAUUUUUACCUGCCUUAAGAAUAUAGAGAAGUUGGAUUUAGGUGAUUGCGACAUGUUAAAGACUGUGAAAAUCUCAGGCGUCUUUCUCAAACAGUUGAGAGUAUAUCGUUGUGAUAAUGUGAUUGCUAUUGAAUUAGACACUCCUAAUUUGAUAGAGUUCUCGUAUGAUUGUUCUUCAUUGCCGAAUUUGAAACUAAAAGCUUCAGCUUCAUUGGAAGCCAAUAUCAAAUUCGACUCAGAAGGAGGAGAAACCCCUAACAGUGAUUGGUACUCUAAGCUUGUGAAAUUUCUUGAUAACUUCAAUCAUUCCAUGGCUCUUGAAUUAACAUGCAAAAGUGAAAAGGGGCUAGUUAUACCAAAAGACGUGAGAGAACACUUGUUUCCUCCCCUUUAUGGAACUAAUCGCGUGAAAGUACGCAUUCAUAGUCCAUUAAUAAGUUAUUCAGUUGUAGAUAUUCUUGAUGGUAUUUUCUGGCUUUCUCCUCAAUUGGACACCCUAUCUUAUUCCAAAUUCGACUUGAACACCCUUGAGUUUUCAUAUGAAGAUGCAUUAGGUGAAGAUGAGAAGUUUUGUUGUACAUCUCAACCUUGGAAUUGUUGGAGGCAUAAGUUAAAGCAAGUCAGAAUACACAACUUUAAACAUAAGGAAGAAAAACAGAAGUUGAAAAACUAUUUUUCCACAAACACAGAUAUCUUAGAGAUAAUUGAGGUUCCCCCGACCUAG